AUGUUCAUUGUUGUAGCUACGGAAUCUGAGGUUGAUUUGACAAAAGGAUGCACACCGCUAACUCUUCUGCAGAAGAAGAGAUAUUCCGGGUUAGAAAACUGGAAAUCUCAGACAAUAACAAGGGCUUCAUCGAACUGCUUCAACAGCUUACUAUUUGCGCUUGUCUCUAAUGAGAGAUUCCAAGAACAAUUUCAAGAGCUCACUAAAUAUGGGGAUGACCCUCUUGUAUGUGUAAUAGAAGAUGACAAAUCAGGAAAGAUUGUUGCCACUGGGAGUGUGUUUGUUGAAAAGAAAUUUGUAAGGAAUUGUGGCAAAGUUGGUCAUAUAGAAGAUGUGGUAGAUUCCAGUAUUCGAGGCAAGCAAUUAGGGAAGAAGAUAAUUGAGUUCCUAUCUGAUCAUGCUCGAUUAACUGGGUGGACAACAAGGUGA